UGUGCCAACCACACUCAUCUCCUCAGCAUUCUUAUAAUAAUCAAAUCCUCAACUCCAAAUUUCUCUUAAUGGCUUCCAACCAAACGCAAAACCCUGAUUCCAAAUUCCCUCUCGCUGUCGAGGCGCCCGCUCCUCAAACCACCUUAGACCUCGAAGACAGCCAAGAAUUCGACUACUCGAAACGUUCCCAGUGGCUGCGAGCAGCGGUGCUAGGCGCUAACGACGGGCUUGUCUCGACUGCAUCUCUGAUGAUGGGCGUUGGUGCUGUGAAACAAGACAUCAAGGCCAUGAUCCUGACAGGUUUCGCUGGCCUGGUCGCCGGGGCUUGUUCCAUGGCCAUUGGAGAAUUCGUGUCGGUUUAUUCACAGCUUGACAUAGAAUUGGCCCAAAUUAAGAGGGACAAGAAAAGGGCAGCGGCAGGUGUUGCGGAGGAGAGCGCUGAAGAUCGGGAGAGCUUGCCCAAUCCUGUCCAGGCAGCUGCAGCAUCUGCGCUGGCUUUCUCAGUGGGUGCUAUGGUCCCGCUGCUGGCUGCUUCUUUCAUAAGGGAGUACAGGGUGAGGAUUGCAGCGGUAGUAGCGGCAGUCAGUGUUGCUCUGGUGGUGUUUGGAUGGUUAGGGGCGGCGUUGGGGCGUGCGCCGGUGGUGCGGUCAUCUGCCAGGGUUCUGGUUGGAGGGUGGCUGGCCAUGGCCGUCACGUUUGGUUUGACAAAGCUGAUUGGAUCCAGAGGCCUGUAGAGUACAGUGAAUAAGUAAUUCUGUAGCUAGGACGAAUAUUUAUAUAUAUAUAUAUGUUAAAUUUUCUGUUUUUCUACUUGUGGGGUGUUGGUUUAAUGAAAAUUAUUUCUAUUUAAACUAAUAUAGAAUAAUAAAAGCUGAUGAUGAUCUA